AUGCGCUUCACUUCGAUCGCCCUCGGCGCCCUGGCCGCCACCGGUACCAUGGCUAGCAGCCGCUCCCACGCCCGUCUUCACCGCGAGCACGAGGCCCGCAGCGUCGACGACCGUGGUCUUCUGCUCGACGCCAUCCACGAGGCUAAGCUCCUCGCUCUUGGCCUGAUCGCCAUUGGCAAGAACGCCGUCAGCUCGGCCGAGGCCCAGGUCUGGGUUGGCGAUGACGGUGACUACACCAACGAGUACAGCAACCAGUCUGACGAGGACGUCGUCCUUGUUGUUUGGGGCCCUGCUGCCUCGUGGGUCAACGCCAACGACCCGCUCAUCACCAUCACCAUCCCCGCCGGCACCAACAAGACUCUCUCUUUCGCCAAUGGCGCCAGCGGUGCCUGGGCUGCCGUCUACCAGGACACGUCGCUCGUCAACGGCCAGAUCUCCGAGACCUGGGGCGAGUACACCUUCGGCGAGUGGGGCUGCGUUGACGUUUCCCGUGAGGUCAACAUGGGCGGCCACAACAUGACCAUCGACACCGGCAACUGCGUUUCCGACAUGGAGACGUGCGUCUUCAAGUGCAAGGACGGUGCCGAGUCCUGCUGGCUCGAGUAUGAGCUCGUCAACUGCGAGAACGGCUCGCAGGAGGGCGCCACCUACGGCACCUUCGACGGCGCUCCCACCGGUGGCUGCGGCAACAUGGGCAGCACCGCCACCGUCAAGACCAUCCUCUACUAA